CGAAAAGGCCAGCUAAGGUAGUCCGUCAGGGUCUGACGAGUGUCGAAAGCGUCGCAGCCUUCGAACCACGACAAGCUCUCUCGGCUGAGCGUUCCAAACGGACACACUGCGCACUCGUUCGGAUACUCUGUUCUGUCUUUAAUUUUUCCUUUCCUUCUGUGUUUGACACCCUUGGCGGCACUCUGCCAUCGCACCUCAUACGAGCCCGUUUCCUUUUCCCUACUUUCUCCUUCCCUUUUCUUUCUAUCUCCGCCGCCGAUCGAGCGACCCUCGAAUACUCGACUUGACACACCAUGUUGAAUUUAAAGUCGACACUGUCGGCCUUGUGGCUGGCCACGCUGGCCUGGGGUACGGCCCGGGCGGAGGAGGACAAUGUGAAGAGCAUACCGUUGCGAACACACAGUCUCUCCCAGCCAUACCUAGACUCGGACAUGCAAAGUCGCUGGUACGAUUUUGGCGGCGACACAAUCAUCCGUACUGACCAAUAUAUCCGCCUUACUUCGGACUACCCAUCACAAUCCGGGUGGCUCUUCUCGAGAGUCCCGCUGACUGCGACAAACUGGGAGGUUGAGGUGGAGUUCAAGAUUCACGGGAAGAACCAGCUCUAUGGAGACGGCUUCGCCAUGUGGAUCACGAAAGAGCGCGGGAAGAUUGGCCCCGUGUUUGGUAGCGCGGACCGGUUCGAGGGCCUCGGCAUCUUCUUCGACACGUACAAGAACAACCGGCCCGGCGUUGUCUUCCCUUACGUCAUGGCUAUGGUCGGCGACGGCCAGAAGUCGUACGACAAGGACACGGACGGCAAGAACUCCGAGUUCGCCGGCUGCUCGGCCAGGGGCAUCCGGCACGCCUCAGUGCCGACCAAGUUCCGCUUGACCUACUUCCAGGACAAGUACCUCAAGCUGGAGCUGCAGUACAAGUCCGAGGGCGAGUGGACGCUCUGCUUCGAGACCAACCAGCCGCCCGCCAUCCCGCAGGUUGCCUACCUCGGUUUCAGCGCCGAGACGGGCGAGUUGAGUGACAACCACGACAUCAUCUCCAUCGAGGCGAAAAACCUGUAUCACGCGCAACCUACGGGAGGCAAGUCGACGCCCGGCAGCGGUAGGGGUAAGAAGGUGGCUUCCCCCAAGGAGGGCGGCAGCUGGACCUGGUUCUUCACCAAGAUCUUCCUCUUCUUCCUGGUUAUUGGCGGCGGCUACGUCGGGUACACAGCUUGGAGGGCGAACAACAAGCGGAGCCACCGCUUUUGAAAGAGAGGGACAAAAUUGAAGAAUGCCUCUCAAGGAUGGAAUGUGACGACUAUAUACCGGCCAAGAGCAGAAAACAACAAACGAUACCAUGUCCGUUCUCUCUCAUCAUGGCGAGGUGGAUGCUGUCGAGCCCCGCAGCCGACGCGGAAGUGAGUUUUCCCACAGCACAGCACCCAUGUAUCAGUACAGUCUCUCGGCGC